AUGAAAAAAAUAAAAUUGAACAUAACAAGAGAAGAAGAUAAUUUACAGAGUAACAUUUAUUAUGUGUGUGAGAGGAACAUUCUUAUAUCACAGCUAAAUUUGACUAUUAAUUUUGAUGAAAAUAAUGUGGAAGAUGAAGAAAUAAUUGAUGAGUAUCAUACAAUAACUAGUACAAAGGAUAAGACAAAAAUUUCGCAUAAUGAGGAAAAAAAAAAGCAGAAAUAUAUUAAUAUAAAAAUAUCGUAUAGUGAUGAAUUAAAUAAUUUAUAUAUUAACAAUGUAAUAAAUAAUAUAUAUGACUAUAUUUUUGAAAAUAAAGUAAAUAAUUUUAUAAUAAAUAAAAACCAUAGCUGGUUUAUAUUUAUAAAUAUAUAUAUAUAUGAGUAUACCCCAUAUAUAUAUGAACAUAUAUGUAAUGUAAUAAAUGUUCACCUAUCUCUUUUGUUAAUUCCAUUUUGUUUCUAUGAUUUUGAGUACAAGUGGUACAGAUGUAUUGAAAAUUAUGAAGAAUUAUUAAAAUUAUUAACAAGCAAUAAUGAUGUAAAACAGGUUGAAAACAAACUUUUCAAAUAUGAUAUGCAUGAAGCAACCGAAUUGGGUAUUCCCCCAAAAGAAGGCGCUAAGGGAAAGACCAUAAAGGGAAACGUGAUACAGGAUGACGGGCUAAUAGGAGAUAGGAUGAAUUGUGAAAAAGCAUCAUCCAAUAUAUUAAUAUUAGAUAAAUAUGAACAAAAUAAAAAUAUAAUCAUUAACCAAAUAGAAAAUAGUAAUUUUGACUUAUUUGUACAAACUAGAGAUAAUAUGUCAAGGGGAUUAUUCAAAAGACUGUUAAUAAAUUUUAUUCCAAUCUUAAUAGCAAUAAACGUUAAUGAUGAGUUUGUAUAUGUAAUUAAAUUUAUUGAUUAUAGAGAUUUCUUUUUAAAUACACAAAACAAAAAUGAUAUCAUGUAUAAUCAUAUUGCUGUAAAAUAUGAUUUCUCUAAUUUUAUGAAAUGUACAUUAUAUGAUGAGAUGAACAAAUAUAUGAAUGAUGAUGACAAGAAAUUUGAACUACAUGAAAAUUAUUAUAUGCUAUAUAAUGCUAACAAUACAACAAUUGACGAAAACGACAUUCUGAUGAACUCAAAGCCUAUUAUUCAACAUUACUAUAACUUUAUCUUAAAUUACUGUGUAAAUUAUUUCACAUCUAAUUUUAUGCAAUAA